AUGAUCUAUAUAUCAUCUAUCUAUCUCAUUCUAUCCAUCUAUUAUCUCAUUCAUAUAUAUCAUCUAUUCAUCUAUUUAAAAUAUCUAUCCAUGAUAUCUAUCCAUUUAUCAAUUAAAAAAUAUGAUAUUUUUCAUUCAUAUUAUCAUAUAUCUAUCUAUUAUCUAAUAUUUAUCUAUCAUUCAUCUAUAUAUAUGUUUACAUCUAUUCAUUAUUCAUCAUACAUAAUUCAUAUAUCAUUUAUUUAUAAUCUUUUCAAUAUAUCAGGAUAUCUAUUAUUAAUUCAUCUAUCUAUUAUCUAUCUAUCUAUCUAUCUAUCUAUCUAUGCCAAUCAUUAUAUAUAUAUAUAUAUUGAAAUUUCAUUCAUCUAUCUAUAUAUCUAUAAAUCUAUUAUAUCUAUCUAUCUAUCUAUCUAUCUAUCUUUCUCAUUCAUAUCAUAUUCAAGUAUCUAUCUCAUCUAUCUAUCUAUUCAUAUGAAUUAUUUUAGUUCAUUCAUAUUAUUCAUCUAUCUAUUUAUUUAUUUAUCUAUCUAUCAGUAUCCAUCUAUCUAUCUAUCCAUUCAUCUAUAUCUAUCUAUCUAUCUUAUCAUGAAUUUAUAG